AUGUCCCAUGCAUUAAGUCUCAAAGAGCUUCAUGACCUCGAGACUACAGAGCGUGUCGCCUCCUGCUUUUCCCUCAUUGGAACUAGCGUCAUUCUCUUCACCUUUAUCUACUCACCUGCCUUCCGGAAGCCUGUCAAUAGACUGAUAUUCUACGCAUCUUGGGGAAACACUCUGUGCAAUGUCGCAACACUCGUGUCACAGUCGGGUAUACGUGCGGGGCGGGACUCACACCUUUGCCAGUUCCAAGGCUUCCUCAUCCAGAUGUUCCUACCAGCAGACGCUCUCUGGAAUCUGGCUAUGGCUAUUAAUGUAUACAUGACGUUGUUCCGCAGGUACAAUGCCCAACAGCUCAAGGCAUUGGAAUGGCGAUACCAUUGUAUGUGCUAUGGAGGACCAUUCAUCAUUGCCUUGGUCUACAUUUUCAUCGAGACUCCAUCUAAAGGCAAAAUCUAUGGCCCAGCCAUGCUUUGGUGUUGGAUCGACAUCGAAUGGGUCGCUCUCAGAAUCGCACUUUGCUAUGCCCCAGCAUGGUGCUGUAUCUUGAUCUCAUUCUGCAUAUACGUCCUCGCGGGACGUGAGAUUUUCGUCAAACGCAGACAGCUCCGCGCUUUCACCAAGUCAACUCGACCUGUGCCUGUGCGAAUUGAAAAUUCUUUCACCAGCUUUAAGACAACCGAGAUCCAGGUUACGAGCGAAUUGGCCACACUCCAUUCACCCAACGUGUCCAAUCUCUGUUCUAUGCCGGACAAGGAGAAUCCCAACAUGAGUGGUAAGGGUUAUGACCAGUACUCUGUGACUAUUGGCUCAGCUCCAAUGAGCCCGUCAUCUGAAGCGCCACCACCCAAUACACCGAGGGCGCAUUCGACCAUCGCGCAGCGAAAUCACCGGGCGACUAUGGAAGCGAACAGGGCAGCGUUCGGAUAUACAAAAGUAGCGCUUCUCUUCUUUGUCUCAUUGCUUGUCACAUGGGUCCCCUCUUCAAUCAACCGAGUCUCUUCCCUCCUCCACCCCUCCCUGGUCUCCCUCCCUUUCACCUACGCCUCCGGCAUCGUCCUCCCCUUGAUGGGCUUCUGGAAUGCCGUCAUCUACAUCACAACCUCCUGGGCCGCCGUGCGAUUGCUGUUCAACGGUAAGCUGAACAAGAAUAAUGGGCCGGUGAAGAGGAGCUCUAUCGGCCUCAGUAGCUGGCCGAGCUUAGGUGCGAGGAAGUGGACGGGGGCGGAGAGUGAUAGUGUCAAAGGGCUGGCGGCGGGGCACAGGAGUCGAUAUGAUCAGGUGUGA